AUGGCAUCUCAAGCAGCAUGUAUCUUCUGCAAGAUAAUCAAAGGAGAUAUCCCCUCUUUCAAACUCUACGAAUCGGAAAAGGUGCUUGCGUUUUUGGAUAUCAAUCCUUUGUCGAAGGGUCAUGCGCUCGUAAUCCCCAAGCACCACGGCGAGAAACUGGUCGAUAUUCCUGAUGAUCAGUUGGAGGAGAUUCUGCCCGUAGUAAAGAAACUCGUCGUAGCAACCGGUGCAGAAAAUUACAACGUCCUGCAGAACAAUGGACGUAUUGCGCACCAGGAAGUUGAUCACGUACAUUUCCACAUGAUUCCUAAACCCUCCACCGAAGAAGGCAUGUCCAUCGGCUGGCCGCAACAAAAAACCGACAUGGACAAACUAAAAGCUCUCUUUGCAGAGAUAAAAUCAAAGAUGUAA